AUGGCGGGCCACUUCCGCGCCUCGCUCGCAGAUCCACCCGCGAAAUCCUUCCCGGAUCGGCCCCAGUUCUCGGCCUUUAUGAAGCCGUGCCGCUUCGAGGGCGAGGUCCGGAACCUGGAGGUCGUCGGCGCCGUCCCCGCUGAACUGGACGGCACUUUUUUCCGCGUCAUGCCCGAUCCCCAGUUCCCGCCGUUCAUUGAAAAUGAUCCUUGGUUCAAUGGCGAUGGAAACGUGUCGGCGUUCCGUUUCCACGACGGCAACGUCGAUUUCCAGCAAAAAUACGUGCGCACAGAGAAGUUUGUUCGAGAAAGAGAAGCGAAUCGAGCUCUGGCAGGCGCAUACCGCAACAAGUACACCGACGCAGUCGAAUUCAAGGUCCGCACCACGGCCAACACCAACAUUUUCUACUUCAACAAGUCCCUCCUCGCCAUCAAGGAGGACGCGCCGCCCUAUCUCAUGGACCCGAACACGCUCGAGACGAGGGGGCUCUGCGACUUUGACGGGCAGCUGCCGAGCUGCACAUUCACCGCGCAUCCCAAGCUCGACCCCGCCACGGGCGAGCUCGUGUGUUUCGGCUACGAGGCCAAGGGCGACGGGACACCCGAUGUUUGUUACUUUCGUAUCGCCCCCGACGGCGAGUUCAUCGAGACUGUGUGGCUUGUGGCGCCGGUCGUUGGGAUGAUUCACGACUGUGCCAUUACGGAUAACUGGGUGCUGUUUCCGAUGAUCCCGCAAAUUUGUGAUAUUGACAGAUUAAAGUCGGGCGGAGAGCACUGGCAGUGGGAUCCCAACGUGCCGUUCUAUCUCGGCGUGCUGCCCAGACGCGGGGCCAAGGGCAGCGACGUAAAGGUAUCUUCUAUUGCCCCAUCCACCCCCUAUCACGCUCCAAGCAAAGUUGACAAUAAUCCCCUCCCAAAGUGGUUCCGCGCCCCCAAUGCGUUCCCAGGCCACACCACCAAUGCCUACGAGACCCCCUCGGGCACCAUCGUCUUCGACCUUCCCCUAACAGACAAGAACGUCUUCUUCUGGUGGCCCGACGCCGAGGGAAACGCCCCGGACCCCCACGACAUCCGCGCCGAGUACGUACGCUUCGAGUUCGACCCCCGCGUCUCCGCCUCGGACUCCCCCUCCUCCUCCUCUUCCCUCGACCUCCCCGCGCCCGUCACGAUCCUCCGCCACGACAUGGAAUUCCCCCGCAUCGACGAGCGCGUCCUCUCGAAGCCGCACCGCCACAGCUUCUUCGACAUGAUGGACCCGUCGCUGGGCACCGAUUUCGCGGCCAUCAUGCCCGUUCUCGGCGGCGGUCACCCGCUGUACAACGCGCUGGGCCACCUGGAUCACGAGGAGGGGAGGCUGGAGGUGUAUUACCCCGGGUCGCGGCACAUGGUCCAGGAGCCCGUCUUCGUGCCGAGGACGGAGGAGGCGGUGGAAGGGGACGGGUUCUUGAUUGGGCUGGUGAAUAAUUAUGCGACCAUGGCGAGUGAGCUGCACGUCAUUGAUACGAGACGGUUUACGGAGCCUGCGGCGGUGGUGAAGGUGCCCAUGAGGCUGAGGGCCGGGUUGCAUGGGAAUUGGGUUGAUGGCAAGGAACUGCGGGAAUGUAAAUGA